ACACACACACAUACAUACACACACAUACGCACACAGACACACACUGAGAUUUAACCUUCACUUGAAAUCUUUACAGGUUUUAUUUCAGUGUACCUCCUCCUGUUGCUCUGAAACAUCUUCGAAACAUGGCUGGCCAUCUUCAGGGAAACCAAGACGAGACUCUGCGCCAGAUUGCGCAGAAAAGGAAAAGGGAAGCAGAACCCCAGGGUGAUGUGCAUGAACUGGAGGAACCUCUGCAAAAAAGACUCUGUCCACAAUCAUCCACUUGUGCACUGGUUCUUGACCUCCCUCAACCAUCACCCACUUCUGCUGCAACUGGGACUCAUCAAAAAAUGAAUGGACUUCUGCAGUGGUGCCUGGUCGUCCAUGACAAUCUAGUUGUGAUGCCACAACAACAAAGCGCAGAAGUUUGUAAUCUGAAGGACAUAUUAGAAAAUAUCAGAAACCGAGAAGAAACCCUGGAUGAUUCCCUUGAACUCGAGGAACCUGCUGUACUCGAUCCUGACCUCCAUCCACAAUUAUACCCUUCUGCUGCCACGACGACAGAUGACAAAAAGAUUGUACAGAAAAGAAAGAUGGAAACAGAAUCUCAGUGUGAUGUGCAAGGACUUAAGGAACCUCAGACAAAACGACAUCCAUCCUCUUCUGUUUCCAUAGUGACAGAUAAUAAAACAAAUGAACAAGUUGCAGUGAAAACCAGUGAAAAGCCCAAGCCUGACCAGCCAAACAUCAGGAGAAGGAAACAGAAUGCACCAUUUUGGUCCAGGUGCCACUUGAUCUAGAGACAAUCCUGAGAAUCCUGGGUGGGGGGCAUGGACACGCUAGAAGGAAAGCCAGUACAUCAUGUCCACACCCUCAGACACACAUCCACUUAGUGAGGAUUCAGGAAGAUCUUUUGCACAUGGAGAUGAAACUGAAAAAUUCAAAGGAAACCAACGCAGACACUAUAGUGUUUGCUCUACUGUUGGAGGGAGGAGCAGCUUAAAGAGCAGUAUAUCUUGUAUAUCUUUGCUCUACUGUGGGUGGAAGCUUAGAGAGCACUAUAUAAUUUUUGCACUACUGUAGGGGCACCUUAGAGGAACCUUUAUCAUGUUUGCUGUACUGUGGGGGCACCUUAGAGGGCACUAUAUCAUGUUUGCUCUACUGUGGGGGCACCUUAGAGGACACUUUAUCAUGCUUGCUCUACUGUGUGAAGGCAGUUCAGAGGGCACUAUAUAGUGUUUGUGCUACUGUGGGGUGGCAGCUUAGAGGGCACUAUAUAGUGUUUGUGCUACUGUGGGGUG